AUGUCAGCCAACUACUGGUCUUCGACUCAAAGGCACCAAUGGCAGUACACGCGAACUGAACUUCAUGAAGAGCAUAUGAAAGUUCGACAAUGGGACUAUGAUGAAGGAAAGAUUGCGAAUUUAGACGAUGACACACUUUACGACAAUAUGCGUUUGUAUUUCCAUAGCUUGGUUCGCUUACUAGGUCGACAACUCAAUGUUCGGCAACGAGCCAUUGGAACAGCGGAGGUUUAUUUGACACGAUUUUUCACCAGAAUAUCUUUUUUUGAGGUCAACGCCUAUGCCAUGGUUGCAACAUGUGUUUACGUUGCCUGUAAAACAGAAGAAUGCCCCCAGCACAUUCGGACUAUUACAAAUGAAGCAAGAUCUUUGUGGCCUGAAUAUGUUAGCCCAGAUCCGACAAAAAUUGCUGAGUGCGAGUUUUAUCUUAUUGAGGAACUUGAUAGUUAUCUUAUUGUUUAUCAUCCUUAUCGUUCACUGAUUCAAUUGACAGAGAGUCUCACUAUAGCUAACAGCCAGCUGACUCUUCUUAGUGAGGAAAUACAGUCCGCUUGGUCCAUGAUAAAUGAUAGCUAUGCAACGGAUAUGUUAUUGUUAUAUCCUCCACAUAUUAUUGCAAUGGCUUGUCUCUAUAUUACUCUUGUUUUGCGAACACCACUAAUGAGGCAGUCCAGGUCCUAUGAAUCCGUCAAAGCGAAGUUUGAUCAAUUUGUUUUUUUUCUUGGAAACUCAGGGAUAGAUCUUGAAAGUGUUAUUGAUGCCAUCCAGGAGCUAAUUUCUUUAUAUGUUCGAUGGGAGUCUUAUGACGAAAGCAGAUGCAAGUUGAUACUUUCGAAACACAUCUUGUCUUCAGGGUGA